CAUUUCUAUUUUUGUGACAGUUUGUAAAUCAACAAUUAGAUGUGAUUAGAUGUGUCAAGACAAGUGGGAUUCCUGUGACUUUUUACGUCAAAGUAAUUGUGUUAAUUUCUCUCUGAACGGAUAAAUCGGUUACCUGUUAUAAUUACGACAGAUCUCUAAUUCAUUUGUGUUCAAAAGUAAACAAAUUAUUUAAAGAACAAUAAAUAAUGGAAGACAUACCUAGACCACCGAUGUUGGGCUUUGAUCUGCUCACCUCAGAGAAAUGCUUACUUGAACCAACCUUGAAGGCGCAUAUAUUAAACGAAUUUGUGGAGGACCCAGAAAGUUAUAGUAAUGAAAUACAUGAAUUGUUAAUGUUGCGAGAGAAAGCUUUAUCACCUUCUGUCGACAUAACAAGUUGUCAACUUCUUAAGAAGUAUUACUGCCAAAUGAAUUUCUUGAAGAAUCGAUUCUGUAUGGAAGAGGGUGAAGCUGGAGCUGUUAAAUUUUCAUGGAAGGAUGAAAACACCAAAAUGACUGCAACGGUCCAAGAUAUAUAUUUUGAAUUGAUGUGUAUUCUGAUAAAUAUAGGAUCAAUGCAUGCAACGUUGGGAGCUAACGAUUGUAAGAAUAGUCCUAAUGGAUAUAGGAUGGCUUUCACACAUUUUCGAUGUGCAGCUUGGGUUUUCGAAGAAGUCGAACAGUAUUUUAACAGGUUUACACCUUUCAUUACAACUCAUUAUCAGAUUUUAGCUAUGCAAUAUAUUUGUAAAGCCCAAGCACAGGAAUGCAUUCUGGAAGAAGUUGUAAAGGAAAAGAGAAGACCUCACAUCCCUUUUGUAUUGUCUCUACAGAUAAUUGAAUAUUACUCUGAUGCAUUGACUGGGUACUAUAAUGACUAUGACAGUGAAGGUGAAUCUGAAGAAGAAAUUGUUAUUGACGAUUAUACUAUGUACCUAAUUAAAUAUCUCGAAUUCAAAUUAUUUUAUCACAGCAGUUUUUCACUCUUUUAUCAUGGGAAGUAUGCAGAAAUUCUACAGCAAAUGGGCCUUAGGGUGGCUAUAUAUGAACAUGCUUUAGAUUACCUAGAGGAAGCCAGAAAAAAAGUUGAAAAAGUUUUAAGUUCUUACCAAGAUCCAAUCAAAAAAACCAUAGCGUUCGCCCAUGAAGUAAUUGAAGAGAAUCUAAGAAUAGCCAGAAAUGAGAAUAAAUCUAUUUACCAUCAGGCAGUACCACACUUCAGAAGUAUACCGGAUUAUGAAGGGAAAUCUUUUGUAAAAGGGAUCCCAUUCGAUGUUUUCAAUAAGGAAGUAUCCGGACCAGAUCUUUUCGAGAGGUUGAAUCCAUUGGAAUAUCAUGCAUUUGGUUUUAAUAGAUGCAGCGAUCAAAAGGAUGAGUUUUUACGCGUCCUUGGUAAUAAUAUUUCUAUUCACGAUCAAGAAUUAACUGAGUUCAUGGAUUCUAAGCAAUCAGAAGUAUUAAAUCUUAUUGAAAAUAGUGAAAACAACUAGUCACGCAAUUUAUUUUUAAUUUUAUCUAAAUAUUGUAAUUGUUGUAUACUGUUACCAACUAAUCUAUAAGAUUUAAAAGCUACAUUACUUCGCCGUCAAUAUUAUAAAAAAUAUUAUUAGGUGAACUGCAAUACUCUUCCUGAAUACAGGACAAUAGUUGAUAACCAUUAUCGAACUAUCAACAUUUUAUAAUAUAAUUUUAAUAAAUAAAAUAUAUUUUAUUAGGUCCAUUGUCAUUUGUUACAGAUUAGUGUUAUAAGUUAUAUGUAUGUAUUUCAUAGUAAUAUGUUACGUAGUUCGGUAAAUGUACACAUUUACCGAUUUGGUUGGUAAAUCUAAGUUCGUCUUACAUCAUUAACUGGAGAACAAGGUUUUAAGAAGGAUGGAACUACAAAAUAAAAUAUGUAAUUUGCCAAUAGCUAAAGUUUUGUGCAAUUCAGAGUCCUGCAAAGUUAUUGCAAUACAUAAUAUAUUACUG